AUGAACAAAAGAGACACAUUUUAUUACUGGUACUUUUUAGUCCAUAUCCCUAUCACACUCCUCGUGGACUCAUGCCUUGUAAUCCCACAGGAAAGUAGGUACUGGGUCCAACAACUUGUGUUCAACUUCCAUGUGCACAUGAACAAAGACUUUCUUCUCGAAAAGCCUGCUCUCUGGCUCCAGACGUUUGGCUGGUUCGAGAUGUUGGUGCAAUUGCCCAUCUUCUUUGUUGCUCCACUAGCCUUAGCCCGCAAUAGCUCCAAAAUCUAUGUUGUGAUGACGGUAUAUGGCUUCAAUGCGUUCUUGACAACUUUGGUGUGUUUGGUGUAUGUUCUCGAUAAGGGCGAAGCGCACGGGCUCAGUGUGGAGGAGACAUGGAAUUUAUUUGCUCUUUAUGUUCCUUAUUUGGUGAUUCCGCUAUUCAUGAUGGUGGAUUGUGGAUGGCGAGUGAUGAGAAUGUUAGAACAGGUGAAGUCUAAACGAGAGUAG